AUGAUCNCUGAAAGAUAUGCACCUGAACUUCAGUAUCAAAUUAUAUUAAAAGGAGAAGAAAUCAUCCUUUGCCUACAGAAAAACAGGCAUAUUGGGCCAGAUUACACUGAAACAUAUUACUCACACAAAGGAGAAGAAAUCACUACAAGCCCGCAGAAUAUGGAACACUGCUACUAUAAAGGACACAUCCUAAAGGAAAAGGAUUCUGUAGCCAGCAUUAGUACCUGCAAGGGGUUGAGGGGAUACUUCACUCAUCAUGGUCAGAGAUAUAUGAUAAAGCCUCUGAAAAGUACAGACCAAGAAGAUCAUGCCGUCCUCACCCAUAACCAGGAGGAGCUAGAAACAGCUGAUCGCACUUGUGGUGUAAGAAAUGUUGGCAGGAAACAAGGACUUCUUCGAACCUCCAGGUCACUCAAUAACCCAGAGCACGAACGCUUUCUUCGGGCUAAGAAGUACAUUGAUCUCUUUUUGGUGCUGGAUAACGCCUUUUAUAACAUCUCUAAGGGAAAUCUAACUUUGAUAAGAAGCUUUUUGUUUGAUGUGGUGAACCUACUCAAUGUGAUUUAUAACACCAUAGAUAUUCAAGUGGCCUUGGUAGGUAUGGAAAUCUGGUCUGACGGUGAUAAGAUAGCGGUGGUACCCCAAACAGGUGUUACCUUUAACAACUUUCUGAGUUGGCAUCGUUCUAACCUGCGGAAAAUGAGGAGCCAUGAUCAUGCUCAGCUACUCAGUGGAAUCGGCUUCAACAACCGACAUGUAGGAAUGGCGGCCUCAAACUCCUUGUGUUCUCCAUCGUCAGUUGCUGUUAUUGAGGUUUGUAAACUUACAGGAAGGCUCCUUGUGGUUCUGUAUCCUUUGGAAGACAAGCAAAAUGCCUUAUACAGACUUAACACAAUGAACAUUUGCGGAGGCAGUAAACAGAGAUAG